GUGCCAGCGAGGAGGCGUGCUGCGUGAAUGAGCCGUAAAUAUGAAUGGAUACCGAGGUAGUGUUGUUUACAGCUCUGAACCGGUUCGUGUGGCUGUGUUGUGAUUAAACCAACACGUGUGAACAGCUCUCGGUUGUUUUGUAAUGGAGUGUGACAUUUUGGACUCUCUAGAGCAGCUCGGGUGAGUUAAUUUAAUGUUAUUACAGAAAGGUAGUAGUAUAGCUCUGAAAAUUGCUUCUUCUGGUAAUAUCUGAGCCUGUUACUGAUCGUAACUAGUAGCUGGUGAAAAUAUCUGUGCUGAUAUGUGAGCUUGUGGACUCUCCUCUCUCUGAAUGGUUACAGCUACAGCGGCCCUCUGCUGGAGGAGAAGGCUCUGCUUAAAGCUGCAGAAGGAGGCUUGUCCUCUAUCGAGUAUGUGGACCUGUGUAAGUGGCUGUCAUCCAGGUUAAAACCUCUGUGUGAUCUAGAGGAGAGUAUUACAUCUGAUCCAGGUGAGCCGCAUCCAUCCAUACCUGGUUCAGCUGCGUAAAAACAGCUGUCUCCCUUCACGUUUAACCUCUGUGUCUCUGCAUCUUCCCUCCAGAUGACAUGGACAGUCUCCAGGUGGAGAUGAGCGGUCUGCUGAAGGAGCUUCACUGUCCUUAUGAAGAUGUAGUUUCAGGGAUACUUAAGGGCAGCGUUGGAAAUGCAAAAGACCACCUGAAAUUCGUCUGUAUGUUAUCCUAAUGCUCCGAUUUCCAUGCCACUUUCUCCAUGUAUAAACAAGUCACUCAAAAGUAUAAACUCAUCUUUAUUUUGUAGUGUUUCUGAGCUCCGAGCUCCAGGCUGCUCAGAUUUCAGUGAGCAGAGGAGUCUCUGAUAAACAUCAAGAGGAGAGUCCGGCAUGUCAAGCACUCCUGUCCAUCUGUAAAACACUGGACCUACCAGAGCCCAGAGGACAGGACACAGCAGACGUCUUAGCUGACAUUAAAGACAAGGUAGAACUAUUUUAGACCGUUAAACUAGAAGUUCCUCACCAGAGCUUGAAGUAUAAUUGAUUUAUUUCCGGUUAUGUUCUUACAUUAAACCCUGUGUGUCUGUUAUAGGUCAGUAAACUCGUGAAUGAUCUCCCAGACAACUCCGUUGGAAAUCCUGUACUGAAGAAACCUCUGUCCAGCGAUCAAUGGGUAAUAACCUGGUAGAUGUGAAUGCAUGUAUCUGUGUUGGCUGCUUGUUGUGAACUGACCUAAUGAAUGGAUGUUUCUCCUCUCUUGUAGGAGAAGCUGCAGUGCAUAAACUCAACUCUGUGUUCAGAAUACGAGUGUCGGCGCAGGAUGCUGAUCAAACGUCUGGAUGUUACGGUUCAGUCAUUCGGGUGGUCAGACAGAGCCAAGGUAUGUUUGCUUGACAAUCAUUUUAAAUGCUUUUCUUUCCUCUACUGGAGAGGAGUUUAAACUCAGCGAGGAGGCUUUGUUAAAAGAAGAUUGUUUGUAUGAUCAUAAAUGAUUCAAACAGAUGUUGAUUUGAGUUAAAGGAGUGCGAAGCAAACAUAUGUCAGAUCUGUGCUGUAGAUGAUUUUCUUAAACUGUAUGUGUGUCUGGGCUUUGUCAGGUAAAAGUGGACAGCAUGGCAAAGGCUUACCAGCCCAAGAGACACUCUCUGAAGCCAGAGCCCAGCGUGGACAUGGCUGAGCUGCUGGCUGCCAGAGAGGACAUCUGCAACGUGGUGAAGACCAGCAGCGGCUCGAGCAGGAAGAACACAGAGUGUGCUGUUAAUAAGGUAAAUCUAAAAUACUUUUCUGCCAUCUACUGGAAUAUCUUAAAUUUAAUUUUAUUUCUCACACAGCGGUCUUGUUUAUCCUUAGAUUCUGAUGGGGAGGGUCCCAGAUCGAGGAGGACGUCCAUCAGAGAUACAAGCUCCACCUCCAGAAAUGCCGCCCUGGCAACAAAGACAAGAUGGGGGUAGAGGUGGUGGCCGGGGGGGCCAAGGUGGUGGGAGAGGAGGAGGAGGAUGGGGGAGAGGAGGAGGAGGCGGCAGUGGAUGGGGUGGGGGAGGAGGUGGAUGGAAAGGAGGAGGAGGAUGGAACCAAGGAGGACACGGUGGACAUGGAGGACAUGGAGGAAAAAGAGGACGGUACCAGUAUUAAUCAUCAAGUUUGGACUCCUUUUAAAGUGAUCCUGAUACUUUGACAUGAAACUUUUGAUUCUUUAUGACUGUAGGAAACCGUUUUAUGUAAUUGUAAAAAAUAAAUUUUCUCAUUUUAAUUUUUUUAUGUUUUCUUUCAUCAGUUUUUAAAAUUUAUUUUUAGUAUUCCUUCAAGUGUUUAUUUUAUUUAAUUUUUUUUUAAACUGGAGGUAUUGACUUUAUCUUGCGUUUACUUUGUAAAAGUGACAAAACCAGAUGGUUGGUAGUUGGUGUAGUAACAAAAGAUUUCAUUUUUACAUGUUAGUAUUACCUUUGACGACAGAUUUUCAUUCUGCAUUUAAUUGUGAUACAGAACAAAAGAAAAAAAGCUUUUUUUUUUUCUAAGCUUUUGAAAACACCUCAGAAAGUAGGAAAUUUGAUAUUGUGACUAUUUUGACAUGUUAUAACUGUGAUGAAAUUUACAGGCAAUACACUGAUCAGUUUUGGGUCAUAAUUACUGUAACAGAAAAGCUCUAAAACCUCAAUCAUGACUCGACUCUUGUGACAAGAUUUGCCUUCGAGUGUCUCUGCAGCUCAGCCCUGAAUUAUGGUAACAGGUGUUUAGCAGUUUUUGUUUUUCACCUGGACACAAUGCAAAUAUAAAAUGGACAACAAAAGCAUAAAACAAGGGUUCUUUAUCUUUUAGGCUAAUGUUAUUUAGCAGUUUGAGUGAUUUGUGUAUAGAGUGAUGGAUGAACAAAAAUAAAGGACAAAUGAUCUUUUCCUGA